CUGUUUUGUAAUUUGACUGCCGAGCCGAUAAAGAACAUCCUGCAAGUACUUUCACUUAGCGUGAAACCUGCGGUCAGCUGUUUUGUAAGUUACACGACCCAAUAUACUGUCUCAUGACGAAGCUAGUUGGUGAAAGUCUUCUACUAGUGGCGGCUGAAUGCUGAUAAUUUUUCGUUCGUUGAAUGUUUAUUUACGACGCUGCCCUGCAAAGCAACUCUCAGCACAAGUAUUCGCAAUGUCUUUGGUAUCUGAGAAACCAGUCACCAGCUACACAAGUCGGCCUGCAGAAGGCAGCUGGAGACUGAAUUAUGUCACUGGGAACUUGUUCUCCUGCGAUAAGGACGAAGCUUUGGCUCACUGCAUCAGUGAGGACUGCCGCAUGGGGGCAGGCAUAGCAGUGAUAUUCAAGAAGAAGUUCCGUGGGGUAGAAGAGUUAAAGGAACAGAAAAAGCUGAUGGGACAAUGUGCUGUACUGAAAAGAGAAAAACGUUUUGUCUAUUACCUGAUCACAAAGAAAAAGGCCAGCCAAAAACCUACAUAUGAAAGUCUGAGACAGAGCUUGGAGGACAUGAGGUCACACUGUGUCAGGAGCAAAGUCACUCGGAUAUCAAUGCCUCGUAUCGGUUGUGGCCUGGAUCGAUUGAGGUGGGACAAAGUGUCAGAGAUACUGGAAGAGGUCUUCAGCCACACAGACAUCUCCAUCACGGUCUACAGCCUCCCAGAGAAAGCAGAGACCACGGUCAUGAAGGAAAACAUGCGCAGAUGAUUAAUGGAAAUGCUCUUUUUACUGUAAUGCACUUUAUUUUUUCCACAGUAUAUCACCAUGAUGAUAAUCAUUUUCCUUGAAUAAAAUGUACAUUAUGUAUUAUGCUGAAAUAAAUGAUCUUUUUAUGCACAA